AUGCACAUCUCUCCAUUAGAAUCUUCCCGCAAUAAGUGGGUCGGAGAGGCGUUGAAAGUCGUCCACAAGAUGUGUUCAGCGUGCAAGAUCUAUGGCUGUUCUUGCAUUCAUUUAGCCGCGAAAGGACAAAUAUCAUUGACUCUCGUGUGUUGCACGAGUUUGGCCAGUAGUCUUCGAGGUGGAAUAGCAUCUGCUUUGAGCGACCCGAGAGAGUUGCAAACGCUGCGCUGCGCUGGAUGUCAUGCCAUCGACGACAUAAUUGAGUUUUCUCACCUGUUGGACUGGCUCAGCUUAGUUCCCUCGGCGUUUUCAAUAUAUCUAUUGCGACGACGGUUUCGACUAGUGAGAGCAGCAAUCCUCCUUCGAUCCUUCUCGUAUUUCGAGCUACUCUUCUCGAGGUAG